GUCGAGUGGAACUCGCCGUCCUCUUCCUAAUAUCCUUCUCCCCCUUGCGCCGGCCGGCUGUGGCGAUCGACGCUAGGCGACAAUCCCGUCGACGCCGGCCCGCCUCCUCUCGAAGUAAGUCGCCACCGCCCGAGCAGCCUCUCCGCCGCGCACGCCUCCGUCGGUGCCUGGGUCCUCCCUGCCCCCCCGGAGCACGCUGCUCCACCCCUCCUCUCGUUGGGAGUAAUCAUGUCUUCUUCAAUGGAAUCAUCAUACCUUCCUGCUACAACUGAGUCAUUAGCCAAGGCUCAAGAGGCUAAGGAUGCUUCAGAGUCCAUUUCAAUCCUUUACCGUGUCAUUCAGGACCCAUCUUCUUCUGCUGAUGCACUGAGAACAAAAGAAGUUGCAAUUACAAAUCUUACAAACUACCUCACUAAAGAGAACCGAGCUGAGGAGUUACGUAAUCUUUUGACCCAGCUCAGGCCAUUUUUUGCAGUGAUUCCUAAGGCAAAGACUGCAAAAAUUGUCCGCGGGAUAAUUGAUGCUGUUGCCAAGAUACCUGGAACAUCUGAUCUUCAGAUUUCACUCUGCAAGGAGAUGGUGGAGUGGACCCGUGCAGAGAAGCGUACCUUCCUUCGGCAGCGAGUGGAGGCGAGGUUGGCGGCUCUCUUGUUAGAGAAUCAGGAGUAUACGGAAGCCCUUACCCUCCUUACUAGUCUUAUUAAGGAAGUCAGGAGGCUUGAUGACAAGUUACUUCUGGUGGACAUUGACCUUCUGGAAAGCAAACUUCACUUCUCCCUGAGAAACCUGCCAAAGGCCAAAGCCUCGUUGACUGCUGCUAGAACAGCAGCAAAUGCCAUUUAUGUUCCACCUGCUCAGCAGGGCACUAUUGAUCUCCAGAGUGGAAUUCUCCAUGCUGAAGAGAAGGAUUACAAGACUGCUUACAGCUACUUCUUUGAAGCAUUUGAAGCUUUCAGUGCCCUGGAGGACCCAAAGGCCAUCUUCAGCCUGAAGUACAUGCUCUUGUGCAAGAUAAUGGUCAACCAAGCUGAUGAUGUUGCAGGAAUAAUCUCAUCUAAGGCUGGCCUAAAGUAUCUGGGUCCUGAUGUUGAUGCUAUGAAGGCUGUAGCCGAUGCAUACUCUAAAAGAUCUCUCAAGUAUUUUGAAACCGCCCUUCGCGAUUACAAGUCCCAGCUGGAGGAGGACCCUAUUGUCCACAGGCAUCUUUCAUCUCUGUAUGAUACGCUCCUGGAACAGAAUCUCUGCAGGCUGAUUGAGCCCUAUUCCAGGGUGGAGAUUGCCCACAUAGCAGAGAUGAUUGAAUUGCCAGUUGACCACGUUGAGAAGAAGCUGUCACAGAUGAUCCUUGACAAGAAAUUUGCUGGGACCCUAGAUCAAGGUGCAGGCUGCCUCAUCAUCUUUGAGGAUCCCAAGACCGAGGAAAUCUUCCCUGCUACACUCGAGACCAUUUCAAACGUGGGGAAGGUUGUGGACAGCCUCUACAUGAGGUCGGCCAAGAUCAUGGCUUGAGAGUUACCUGUUUGCUCUGAUUUCACCAUGUUUCAGUUCUGUUGGUGUCUUCAGACAUUUAGUCCGUAAUAUUGACAUUUCACUCUGCAUGUUGGUCCCUCGUUUUAGUUGAACGAAACAUACCAUCUUGCUCACGAGCAAGACAGUUUGUUGUUCGUGCAUGGUGGAAAUACUGCCCUAGCAUUAUGGUUCGUUGUGCUGACUGCGUUAUCAUUUGUCCCACGGUCGGGUUGUCUUCUUUUUGAACACUAAAGGGUUGUCUUCUUUUUGAACACUACAGAUUCAGACGAAAUGCGGACCAUUUAUUCUUGAAUACUUGAACGAGCGGUUAAUUGGGCA